AUGGUCUUUACAUUAGGAAAUCCAAAAUGUAAAGAGGGAUUUGUCAAUGUCGCUAAUUGGUGUUUUUCGUUCCAUCGCGAAAGAGCAACGUUGGCAAAAUCUGUCGAGAUUUGUGAAAAAACUGGAGGAGAAAUGGUGAUUUUGAAUUCACGAGAGAAAGAAAUGGCUCUCACAAAAUACAUGGAAGCACAUAACCCUAUAUUCAAUCGGGGCAUACCCAAACGAGAGAGUCUGCGGAAAUCACAUCUGAAGUUGGAAGCAACAGAAAAACAAGCUAAAAAAUUUUGUGAGUUUUACAAGAUGUUUAAUGAUUUAAUGCCAUCAUCGAAACUGUACAUCCCAAAUGCCAAGAUUCCUGUGGAAUUUGAUGAAAAUGACCGUGCCAACUUAACAACACCUGCAGGUUUCUCCAUCAAGCUGUCCAGUAUUCCCGACGCAGGCCUUGGGGCAUGGGCAGAAACCCAGAUCCCCAUUUAUAAAGUGAUAGGGAUCUACGAAGGGGAAGAGUUGUUGGAAAACAAUGGUGAUGUUUUGUAUGCAUGGAGUAUUUACUUAGACGAUGAAGACACAACGAUGCAUUUGGUGGACGCAGCCUCUCCAGCCAAAAGCAACUGGCUACGAUAUGUCAACUGUGCAAGAAAUUCUAAAGAAGAAAACGUCUAUCCCGUGUUCUGUGAUGGUUUAGUGUUUUACAUGACCACAGAAGUCGUGAAGCCGAAUACAGAGUUACUUGUGUGGUACGGAUCGGGGUACGGACUUAAUUUAGGAAUCAGACACGUGCAUCCAGAGGACGAUCUAGAUCUGGAUGAUGUAUUCUAUGUUCGAGUUAGCUACUUAAAUCAAGAUUAUCCUGGAAAAUUUAGAUUCCAUGACAACACCACCGUCACAUACACAAACUGGAAUCCUGGGAAACUUUAUGCAUACUACAAAGAAAAAUACUGGAAGUACGACGUCCCUGAAGCGUUUGGGUUAUUACUGUCAUAUGAUUAUAGACAGUGGAGCUGGGUUCCUGAGAAAGAUUAUUCUUACUUUACUGACAGAGGGGGUCUUUUAUUACCGUUUGUUUGUGAACACAGAUCAAAUGUAAAGUUUUCAUAAGAUACUUUUUCUUUAAGUGCAGAAAUAUCCUAUAAUAUUGUGUGAAGUGUUCAUUUAGAAGCCCUUGAAAAGAGUAGUU